AACAUUUCUUCCUCCAUAACUUACAUACAAAAUUUAAGAAACAGUGAUCUGAAUUCGUUAUAGAAUAAAUUCGUUAUAUACCGUAUUCGUUAUGGCCAGGUUUUAGUACAGAUGCAUGCACCAUAUAUGCACCCAAUCAAGUGACAACAACCCUUCGUAAACUCUUGUCGCCUUGCGACUCAAGUAAUACUCGCUGAAAUGACCCAGCUAAGGACGUUAGCAACAUAUAAACAUGCAUCCCCCCUCGAAAAACCUGGCCUUCUUUCUUAGCUUCUACUGUUGCUAAAACACGCCUCAGUUGUGUCUCAGUCAUAUAUCUGGAAGGAACUCUUCAGCUUUAUUUCCCCCAGGGUGGUACUCAUUCGCAGCCAACAUGGGUAAUAUAAAGUCCAGGCUCGUAUUAGAGUUUACUUCAGAUGGAGAGUUGGACAUCGAUGCCCUAGCCAAAAAACGCCUCGCCAUCUCCCAGCAGGAAAGCUCUCGCGAGAGACGGGCUCGUAUCGAAUGCCUCCCAACCUUGAUUGACGGAGGGCCAUCUGCAGCAGUUGCUUUCUGGUACCCGUCAGACCAUCCAUUCGAUUACGGCGAGGCAUCCAUAGGCUUAAACCGUAGGGAGGUUAUUUCGGAUACUUACGUUCAGAACGAUGGGCCAUGGAGUGGGAUCGUGAGAGUAGAAGCGCUAUUUCUGGGGCGCACGGGAAAAUGGUGGCGAACGACUGGGUCCGCGGUCAUCUUUGACGAUUACCAUGUCAUGACUGUCGGUCACAAUGUCUGGUCUCGGGAAGGCGGGCUCGCCUUAUUCGUUAGUAUCCAUCGGGACAGGCGUGCGGAUCCCGAACACUUAGACACGCGCUAUGUCGAUGCCGGGGCCGUUCACUACCAGUGGGCCAAGGCAUGCUCGGAGGCGAAAGAGUCUAAGUUCAUGGGAAAGGCGGCGUGGGAAAACGAUUUCGCCAUUCUUCGCGUCUCGAAGCCUUUCCAUGAGGGUUGCCGACGAAUGGAGUACGGGAAGACACCACUUGGUGAUACUAAUGUCGGGAUAUACGGUUUCCCUCGCGACAUGUCUAUCGACAAUAAGGUAUGGCAGGCUAGCCUUUGCUUUAGCCGAAGCACAGUCACAUAUGCGCCUACUACUAGCACUAUGCUCGACCACGAUGGAGACACAGCAGGUGGUAACUCCGGUGGUCCUGUUGUCGAUAAUGCGUCCGGAAAAGUGAUCGCCUUGCAUCGAGGAUAUGACAAGGUGAAACUUCAUAGAAGGGCUGAGGUGGAUCUGGCUGAGAUUAAUAAAGCGGUCGCCCUUCUAGUUAAGGGUAACGAUCCCGAAAAGUUCAGCCAGGCUAUUGACGUUUUGACCGGGGAAGAAUCAGUAGAAUACCUCCGCGUCAGAAAGGGACCCAGGUUCUCAAUUGGAGAGUGUACCGCGGCUCUCGUUUUUGAUUGCGACUGAACAUGCAGGCCGAGGAGGCACCGGACUGACUUUGUAUUUGUGUUGUUUGCUUUGGAAUGAUAGGGUAAGGCCAGGAGUGAUAGGAUAUAGAUAUUAGAGGAUAGGAUUUCAAGCCUAAGGAAACGGCUAGAUAAGUUAGCGAUGAUAUUAUGAAGGGCAUCUGAGGUAUUUCACUAGACUUCACUAUAAUAAUAUUAUAAUUAGGUC